ACUCUUCUAUAUUAUGGUCUACUCAAAAUUUCAGAUGCCGUGGUGAAUAUUAAACCAAAAACACCUACUGAUGCUCAUGACCAGGAUGGGGCACCCACAUAUGCCGCCUCCUACAGAUUCUCGGUGACCACUCUGAUCCAAGCUUUGGAGCGACUGAAUAUCCGCGAUUUUGUAUGGUAUUUGAUGCCAGUGGACUUCAGGUCUACAAGCCCGACCUGGAAAAUAUCGUUUGAUUACUUAUCUCUCGCAAAGUUCUUCAAACUGAAGAAGAAGACGAUGAUCCAAGCGAGGUUGAAAGAAGUUAUUCAAACACUGGCACAAGAAAGGGAUUUUGAUUACACACUGGAAGUAUUGGUUAGGGUCUUCGAAUUUGGAAUUAUCAUGCGAAGUGUCACAGGAAUCACUGUG